AUGCCCCGAGGGUUUCCCGCAGCUCGGGGGCCGGGGGCCCCUCAGGCGGCGACAGCAGCAGCAGCUGCAUCGCGAGAAGCAGCAGCAGCGACGGCGUCGGGAGCGAAGGAUGGGGAGUCUCUGCUUUCUCACCAUACAGAGGAUUACUCUUUGCUGCAGCAGCUGCAGGAGGUGCUGCAGCGGUACACCUCCCUGCAGCAGCAGCAGCAGCAGCAGCAACAGCAGCAUGCGCAGCCCCCGCAGCCAGGUCUCCUGAGGAGCCUCUCAAUGGGUCCCUUCUUUUCGUCUUCUGAAGCAGCGUCAGCAGCUUCCCCCGCGUUUGUGGCGGAGGCUGCAGAGGGAGCAGCAGCAGCAGCAGCAGCAGCAGCAGGUGGCGUCGCGGGCGCGUCAGUGACGUUGUCUUGCGGCGACUGCGU